GCCUCAGAAGAGAGAAAUGGACAAGUGCUAUGUGAUGAACUUGUCCAAGAAAUCUUCCAAAGGCUGCCACCAUCAACCUCCUCCUCCGUUUCUCUGGUCUCCAAGCGGUGGCUCCGCAUCUACCGCACCUCCACAACUACCCUCUCUCUCCGCCUCACCACUCAUCCUUCCACCCUCCCUUAUCUCUCCUCCCUCCUCUCUCACUACCCUUUUCUUUCUUCCCUCUCUCUCCUCUUACCUCCCGACCCCACCACCUCCGCCACCGCAAAAACCACCGCUUUCGCGGACCACCUCCUCUUCCUAGUCUCCUCCUUCUGCCCCCAGCUUCUCAGCCUCAGGUUCUUGGCCGGCCCUGUCUCUCCUUCCUCCCUCGCUUCUCUCGCCUCAUCAUGUACCCAGCUCACCUCUCUGUAUAUCAAUCUCUCCAGGCCUCUGUUCCUCAUGUGGGUCCUCAAGUUUCCAUCUUUGAAGGAACUGUCAGUCACGGUUUGCUCCGGGGACGGCGCUGAUCAUGCCGUUGACCCCAAUUGGGAAUAUGGGUUUUCUGCAGAGGAGGAUUCUGCUGCAGAAUUGGGUUUGGAUAGUCUCUGUUUAUCUGGAAUUGGAGCCGGCGAUUGGGGUUUUGGCUGGCUAUGGAGGAGCUGCAGAAAGCUGAGGAAAUUGCAGUUGAAAAGCUGUGAAGGGAUUGGGGAUGGAGGGUCAUUUUCGUCAUUUGAAAGUUGUUUGCAGGGUGUUCAGGAGCUGGAGCUCCGGACUUGUAGGGCAAUAAUCGACGGUGUUCUGCUGAAAGUGGCGGAGAAUUGUGAUUCUCUGACUUCCCUUUUGGUUUAUGAUGGUGGCAGCAGUGAGGGCCUGCUCAGAUUCUUUAGCCAAAGUCGUUGUAACUUGCGAAAAGUAGAUUUUCGAUUGCCCCUCGACCUUAAUAACGAUCAUCUAUUGGCUGUGGCGAUGAAUUUCAGAAGCCUUUCGAGUAUUAAGCUUCAAAGUUGCUGUCUUGUCAGCGGUGAAGGCCUCAGAGCUCUUGCUAUCGCCGCGAGUUCAGGCCUCGAAGAAUUGGCACUGGUGAAUUGUGAUGUGGUUGAAAGAGAGCCGGGGUUGUUGGCCACAUUAGGACAGAAUUUGAGGAAAUUGAGGAAGUUGGAUUUGUCUUAUAACGAAAUGCUGGUGGAUAAAGAGUUCAUGUCGAUGUUAGUUUCGUGUAAUGAUUUGGUUGAUUUGAGGCUGAGAGGUUGUAGAAGGCUUACUACUGCAGCCAUGGUUUCGAUUUUUAAGAGCUGUAAGCGUUUGGAGAGUGUUGAUAUCAUGCACUGUCGUGGGAUUCAAGCCGAGGCGAUUGAGUAUUUGGUCCUCAACUCUCCUCAGCUGAGAGAGGUGCAGGUUGAGCAAAGCAAGAUAUCGGAUGCAGCAAAGACUUGUGCCUCAAGUAAGUUCAUUGAGGCUGAUGCUUGAUUCGGCGAAGCUACAAAUGUAUAUUUAUGUUAAUAAAAUGUUUCCAAGGAAACGAAACAGGUAUUUAUCGAUUCUCUAUACUCGUUCGAUUUUAAGUUGUAAAUAGGUUUGUUGUCUGGAAAUGAACUCCAGAAGAGCAGCUUAUGCUCUCUCUAAAUAAUGAUACUUGUAAGUUAUGUAUAUGAAUGUUAAUUAUUAAUAAAUCAAGAUUAUUGCAUCAGUUAA